AUGAAGCUGCAUUACAUCGGCGUUAUCCGGAACGAGGGCACGCCCUCUCACGAGCUGGUGUCCGAGAAGGAGCUCAGCGCCUACUCCCGCUUCACGAGACAAAACUAUGGAGAAUUCAUGACGGUCUUCGCCAAGACGGUGGCGGAAAGGACAAAGCCCGGUCAACGACAGGACGUCGAGGAGCAAGCAUACGACAUGGACGACAUGGACGACAUGGACGACAUGGACGACAUGGACGACAUGGACGACAUGGACGACAUGGACGACAUGGACGACUGCCGGCAACACUAG